AUGUUUCUAGCGCGCGAUGCAGGAAAUCGCUCAAUUCCAGCCCCCGGACGCAUGGUUAUGCAGAUGCCUGACCAUAAUCCGCGUUCAGGCAUUUCUGGUGAACUUCAAGACAUUACCAGCAAGUCAUUCAAAAAUGACUAUGACAAUCAAUACGAUGGAUUCAGAUCGGGAACAAGUUUGAAUGCAGAUGAUGAGGAUCCACUUGAACGAUUCCUCCGUAUGACCGACCACCACCACAUGAUGAACACCGGUGAUUUGCUAUCUAACUCCCGAAAACCUUCCCCUGGGCCAUCCAGCACUAAUGAUCCGUCGACCAGUAGCACUGUCGACAGCAUUCAGCCUCUCAUUCCCUCCUCCGCACAGUUCGACACCUUCUACCCACUACCCUUUCCCCAGUCAUUUGUAGGAUCCUCCCAGCGUUCUGAGAGGCAUCGGUGUGCUCGGACCUCCUCCACCAUGCCAUAUUUCAUACCCGGACCCAGAGCUGUUCCGCUGCCUGAGCCAAUGAUGGCUACCCUUGGUCCUGUGCAACCCGCAGUCACUGUCCCCCAUACUACACACACGGCCCAUCUAGCCCCUGCACCGCCACCUGAACCCAUGGCCAUGCAGCCGGCAAUUAUGCCGGUCAUGCCGGUAGAACCUGUCACCUCACAGUCCACAUCCAACACCGUUCCUGCUGCUAUGCAGCCAGCCGGACCAGGUCCCAUUAUCCUUGAUGUUACGCCUCAAGUUAAGAAGCAGAUUGUUGAAUGCGCGAAGAGAAGAAUUGUGAGGUUCAUACUGACAGCAAAUGCGAUGGCCGGUACUGAUGACACGGGUGCGGCACUUGUAUCUGUUGCAAUUUCGGAGGCAGCGUCUAUCCCGGGUCUUAACGCUACAAUUAAAACAACGAGUAGCCAACAGCAGCAGAUUAUGGUGGCAUGGAAUAACAUUUUUCGGAAGCUCCUGGCCAUCGUUCGGAGUUGUCUUGCCCUGGGCUACAACCUUUACCCACCGGUCGGCUCUAAUGUCGCGCCAGAUCAAUUCCGGGGUCGCGUGAUAGCUGCAUUGAUCAACAAUAGUGCCAACCCACUGGCCUUCAUGCAUAGGUUUACAGUCGACAUAGACGGGAACAUCGUUUUACUAGAUGGCAUCCUCAACAAUCCCUUAAUCUUUCACGUCACCGUUCACUUCAUAUGGUGCAGUGACCUCGGCAUUUACGAAUUUCUUGCCGCUAUGACAUCAGACCGACUCCAGCAAGUCAAUUAUGCUAUCUCCGCUGUUGGUUCCGUUGUGAAGCUUGUGCUGCGGGAGCAGCUGCCUCAUCCACCGGUUGUCAUACCGUUCACGCAGCUUGAAGGGAAAGACACUUUCAACGACAUCAUUCACUACAUUGAUGGUCUGGACGAUGUCCAGAAACUCAUAUUCGACCAUUCUAAGUCUCACAUGCUCAAUGUUGGAGACUCGCAGCUCCGAUCAACUAAUGUAUUAGCUCGACUUGACAUGAUGAUGACUGGGGUCAUGGUGCUGUAG